GCAUGCGCAGCGCGCUCGGCGCCCGGGUUCCUUCCUCCGCGCCACCCGGAAGCCUCGGCGCGUCCCAGUCCCCCUCCCCCUCCCCUCCCCUCGCCGGCUAGGGUGGUGCGUGCCGGCAGGCCGGGCAAGGAGGCGGGACACGUUGGCGCUACCACCGCCACCGCCGCCGCCGCCCCUCCUCCCGUUCCAGCUGCCUCUGCCGCUUCCUGGGCUGAGUCCGCCCGCGGUCCCGGCGGCGCCAGGUGCGUUCACUCUGCCCGGCUCCAGCCAGCGUCCGCCGCCGGCGUAGCUGCCCCGGGCUCCCCGCCCCGCUGCCGAGAUGGCGACGCGCUCCUGUCGGGAGAAGGCUCAGAAGCUGAACGAGCAGCACCAGCUCAUCCUAUCCAAGCUUCUGAGGGAGGAGGACAACAAGUACUGCGCCGACUGCGAGGCCAAAGGUCCUCGAUGGGCUUCCUGGAAUAUUGGUGUGUUUAUUUGCAUCAGAUGUGCUGGAAUUCAUAGAAAUCUUGGGGUUCAUAUAUCCAGGGUCAAAUCAGUCAACCUAGACCAAUGGACAGCAGAACAGAUACAGUGCAUGCAAGAUAUGGGAAAUACUAAAGCAAGACUGCUCUAUGAAGCCAAUCUUCCAGAGAACUUUCGAAGACCACAGACAGAUCAAGCAGUGGAAUUUUUCAUCAGAGAUAAAUAUGAAAAGAAGAAAUACUACGAUAAAAAUGCCAUAGCUAUUACAAAUAUUUCCUCCUCUGAUGCUCCUCUUCAGCCUUUGGUAUCCUCUCCUUCUCUGCAAGCUGCUGUUGACAAAAAUAAAUUGGAGAAAGAAAAGGAAAAAAAAAAGGAAGAGAAAAAGAGAGAAAAGGAGCCAGAAAAGCCGGCAAAACCACUUACAGCUGAAAAGCUGCAGAAGAAAGAAGAUCAGCAACUGGAGCCUAAAAAAAGUACCAGCCCUAAAAAAGCUGCGGAGCCCACUGUGGAUCUUUUAGGACUUGAUGGCCCUGCUGUGGCACCAGUGACCAACGGGAACACAACGGUGCCACCCCUGAACGAUGAUCUGGACAUCUUUGGACCGAUGAUUUCUAAUCCCUUACCUGCAACUGUCAUGCCCCCAGCUCAGGGGACAUCCUCUGCACCAGCAGCUGCAAUCCUGUCUACAGUAACAUCUGGGGAUCUAGAUUUAUUCACUGAGCAAACUACAAAAUCAGAAGAAGUGGCAAAGAAACAACUUUCCAAAGACUCCAUCUUAUCUCUGUAUGGCACAGGAACCAUUCAACAGCAAAGUACUCCUGGUGUAUUUAUGGGACCCACAAAUAUACCAUUUACCUCACAAGCACCAGCUGCAUUUCAGGGCUUUCCAUCGAUGGGCGUGCCUGUGCCUGCAGCUCCUGGCCUUAUAGGAAAUGUGAUGGGACAGAGUCCAAGCAUGAUGGUGGGCAUGCCCAUGCCCAAUGGGUUUAUGGGAAAUGCACAAACUGGUGUGAUGCCACUUCCUCAGAAUGUUGUUGGCCCCCAAGGAGGAAUGGUGGGACAAAUGGGUGCACCCCAGAGUAAGUUUGGCCUGCCGCAAGCUCAGCAGCCCCAGUGGAGCCUCUCACAGAUGAAUCAGCAGAUGGCUGGCAUGAGUAUCAGUAGUGCAACCCCUACUGCAGGUUUUGGCCAGCCCCCCAGCACAACAGCAGGAUGGUCUGGAAGCUCAUCGGGUCAGACUCUCAGCACACAACUGUGGAAAUGAAAACUGCAAUACAAGUUUCAUCCAGAACUACCACCUGACAUUCCUUGCUGAAACGCAUCUAGUUCCCCUGUUUAUUCAUAGGCAUAUUUUUUUUCUUUUUACCCAUUUGUUCAUAUUAAGAAUGAUCUGAUUGACCGUGUUGGUCUGUACUGAUUCAAUUUGAUGUGGUGAAAAGCAGGUUGAUAAACCAUUUUAUGUCAAGGGCAGCUUUGCUCAUAUUUCCCAUGAUUUCAUGUUAUUUCCCAUGAUUUCAUGUACUGCAUUAUUUGAGAAGCUGCUCAACUUGCUGCAAAAUCAGUUUUCUUCUCAAUAAAAUUAUAGCUCUAAUGUUUGCAUAUAAGGGAAGUAGUUAUCAUGUUAGUAAUACCUCUAAUAGUAUAAACCCCACCCCAAAAUUAGCCAGUAAUCCUGUAGGAAGGUACUGUAUGAUCAAAUGUUUAAUCAUAUAAAUAGAAUGUAAAUGUCUCACUGAGCACUGUUUUCUAGUGUAUCAAAAUGCUUUUAUUUCAUCAUUCACUUCACUGUGCUGUUGUUAUGAUGUGCUUAACAGGGAACGUGGUUAGUGAAAGGAAGAUAAACCUGGAUGUUACUCCAAAACUUCGUUUAAUGAAUGCUUAAAGAAUUCAAAUUUUAUCUGCCUCUCUUGUAAUUUGGAUCUCUUCUUAAUGUACAUAGUGCUAACAUGAAGACCUUUUUCUGCACUAUAUGCAAACAGGGUAACUAAAACAAAGCCACUUUCAAUCUUCAAUCCUUGAAGGUAUAUCCAGGUUUAUGACAGUAAUUGUGUUUACAUUUUAUGGUGCCUAGUAUUGACAAAAUGUUAUUUCCCUAUAUUAAACAUGACUCCAUAGACCUUUUCAUUUGUGGGUUUUUAUUUCCUAUGAUGUAUACUGCCACUAACCUUCCAGAAAUUACUUAGUAUUGCAAAGUCAGGAAUCAUCAGGAACGUUUAGCUGACAAAAUACUUGUCUGUUUUAAAAACCUGUUCAAGUCUACCAACCUGUUCAAGUCUACCAAUUAUAAGGGCAAAUUGGAGAAAAAGAAAAAAUAUAUAAUAUACUCAGAGUGGUAUCUUGCAGUAUCGGCACUGUACAAAAAAUCUUCCAAUUUAGUUGUUGUAGAGAAAACAUGCAGAACAAAUGAAGACAAAACAUACAUUUUGUACCAACCAUCCAAUUAGCUUAUGUUAACUGACAAGCUCCAUUUAAACAGAUGUCCAUCAGAUGACAAGAAAGGCUGCUGUACUGAAGUAAAACAAACAAUACCUGAAUGCUCUGUAGCCUAAACUCCAAACAUCCUCUUCCAUAUGGAUCCACUGGCUGGACAAACUGCACCAGUUGCUGCUUCAAUUUAUACCUCAAUUUUCACUGUGUCCAGGUGGUACUUUGGCUCGUUGGCUAGAUUAACCUUCUCUGUCCGAGUGUGCCACACGAGAACCUGAAGGGGAAGGAAAUAGCUUGGGUAGCGCACUCUUCAUGCUGACACUCGAGGUCGGGCAGCACAAGUGUAAUGAAUACCUUAGUGCAGUUAUUUGCUUUCGGUUCCAGUUCUUCGACUGUUGUUAUCUGUUUGAGAAAGUCAGAUUCUUGCAUCCCUGGCUGGGAUCCACGACGCUUAAAUACAGCUUUUGGAUUGGACAAAAUGACUUGAAGACUUACAGCAAAUCCUUUGUGAAAAAUAAAAAAAAAAGAGAGACUUUAAAA